CUCCCCUUCCGGGCGUGAGACGCUGUGAGGAGAGCUGAGCCGAGCGGGCUCGAACCGGCAGCGAGGAGCCUGUGUCGCCGCCCCAGCCUGGUCUCCCUCGGCUUCGGCACUCCCGUCGUGGGGGCCCGGUUUCCUCAGUACACCCAGCGCCAGCCGCCCCCAGAGCCUGCUCCCAGCCCUUCGGAAGCCCCGGCGUCAGCCCGGGCCCUGGUCGGGGAGGAUGACGGAGCUGCAGUCGGCGCUGCUACUGCGAAGACAGCUGGCAGAACUCAACAAAAAUCCAGUGGAAGGCUUUUCAGCAGGUUUAAUAGAUGACAAUGAUCUUUAUCGAUGGGAAGUCCUUAUUAUUGGUCCUCCAGAUACACUUUAUGAAGGUGGUGUUUUUAAGGCUCAUCUCACUUUCCCAAAAGAUUAUCCCCUUCGGCCUCCUAAAAUGAAAUUCAUUACAGAAAUCUGGCACCCAAAUGUUGAUAAAAAUGGUGAUGUGUGCAUUUCUAUUCUUCAUGAGCCCGGGGAAGAUAAAUACGGUUAUGAAAAGCCAGAGGAACGCUGGCUCCCCAUCCACACCGUGGAAACCAUCAUGAUUAGCGUCAUUUCUAUGCUGGCAGACCCUAAUGGGGACUCACCUGCUAAUGUCGAUGCUGCGAAAGAAUGGAGGGAAGACAGAAACGGAGAAUUCAAAAGGAAAGUUGCCCGCUGUGUAAGGAAAAGCCAAGAGACUGCUUUUGAGUGACAUUUAUUCAGCAGCUAGUAACUUCACUUAUUUCAGGGUCUCCAAUUGAGAAACAUGGCACUGUUUCCCCUGCACUCUACCCACCUAUUGCUGGACUUCUGUUGUAACAAGUUGGCAAACACUGGCUGGACUGGGCUGCAAUAAAACAUGCCAGUUAUCAAUGCUGCCAAGAGCCUAACCAGUGCCAACUUAGAGACGAUUACGCAUUUUGAAUUCUAAUGAACUGUUUUAACCUUCAGGAAGAACUGUAAAGACGUGUACAUAGCACAACUUGAUCCGGAUAAUAUAUAUACUGUUCAUGUACAUCCACAAAUACACCUUGUACCAAAUAAUGCUUUCUUGUAGUAGAAUAAGAAUCGUGUAUAUUCUUAAAAGAUUUUAGCAGGGUUUCUUUCCCGAUUCAUCGUUUCUUAUCCGUUUUAAGACUCCUUAAAGCAUGUCAGAUGAAAAGCAAUUAGGAUUUGAAAGUUUCCAUUUAAUUUCCUUUUAAACCACUGAGGCUUCAUUAAAACCUUUCCACUUGUUUACUACACUUUUGUAUCUUCUUCGUUUUGGCACAGUCCCCUUUGCUUUCCAUCCCUCUGUCUUCUCAAAUCAUUUAGUUCAAAUACCGAAACACGUACUAAGCAACUACUUGAGUUUCUAAUGACGACUUCGGAGAAGUGGUCAUCACUAGGUGCUUUGUCCUUUUUGUACUCUAGUUGCACCCAUCUCUCUGAUUGGAUGUAGCAAUAACCUUUUUGGCUGUUGAGAGCUCUUGAACCCAGUCAUGACCCUCAAGAACUAAAGAGUUGGUUCUGAAUUCAAGUUCCUGAAAUUUACCCUAACCAUUCAGGAUUCUGAAUGCCACUCCCUCUCCUCCCAGCCCCCUCCAGUUGCCUGAUGUUAAGGUUGGAUACAUAAAGCAUGCACAGCGGUCGGCCUUCCACUUCACGUCUGGGUUUGCUAUCACAAAUGCUGUUUACCCUCCAACCCAACUCCUUCCUCGGCCCUUCAUCCUUCCUGGCCUCUGUUCUUCACUGCAGAUUUCCCCUCACCUAUUGUACAAAGAAAUUGCAAUGUAUAUUUUCAUGUAAUUUGAUUUUGGAAUUCUGUCACCUUAUGUAGUGAGUUCUUCCAAAAUACAAUUUUUUUUCCAAUAAUUGUCAAGUUGUUGGCUUUUCUUGUAUUGAAUGGAGGUAAUAAUACUGAAGCCAGAGAAGUGCAGUUUAGAAAAAUCUCAGGUUGAUUCCUUAUGCAAACAAAUGUAAUACUUGAACAUCACCUGGUCAUGGCAGUCUAUAUAUUGGGUUCUACAUGAAUUCUUAGGCGAAUCUGAAAGCUUUACAGAGGGGAAUGCUUUGCUAUUCUGUCACCAACAUAGCGCACUAGGAUUUGAUGAAUGAGCAUAAGUAUAUUCCAUAGCCUAUAGUUUUCUAAAAUGACUUUAGAUAUUGGUAAAAUGAACGUGUGUAGUAUUCAAGGCAGGUGUACAGGUUCUUCUGUAUUUGUUGUGAGGUUGGGUAUGGGGAGUAGUCUUUGGCAUAGAACGGGUAGAACAUGAGGGAAUACCAGGCAGGCAUAGUGUGUCAUUGUGAGAAACAGUGCAUCUCAGCUCAGUGGGGUUAGAGAACUGCUGAGGUACAUGAGAGUAAAAAGAUGGCUGCUAGCAGCCCAGGCCUCCACAAACUUGGUAUGCUCUUGCUUCAGCGGAAGUAAAACGGUUGAAAAUGCAGUCACAGUAGCGAGUGAUUCUCUAAAAUCCCUGUCCUCACCUCAGAAGUGUUGAUGAAAACCCAGAAAUGUGUAGUGACUGAAGGUAAAAACGGUUAGGGUUGAGUCACUGGAGCCCUGUUUUCUUCACGAACUGAGUUAUAAAAAAAAAAUCCCCUGCCCCUCCAAGACUCAAUGAAAAAAUGAUUGCCCCAAAAUGCCAGCACUGAACACCUACUUGGGACUUGGGACACCAUCCCUCUUAAGUCAGAAAUCAGUCACAUGGUGGUUGCUGGUGGCAAAGUGGGAGUCUGAAUUUUGCUCUCCUCUCGCUGUAAUUACAGUCCAUUGAGUCAAAACCUUGGAUUUGGCCCUUCAGGGAGUAGCAAAUAGCCUAGUAACUCAGGGACAACUGUUAGUGAACUUCAAGUGCCACUUUAGUGCAGUGACUUUGGUUUAACCAUGUGUUUUCUUUUUUAAAGGCUAGAUCUAGGGAGUGGGGAGAGAGCCAGGAGCUGGGUGCACCCCUCUCUCCACCCAGCUUGGCUCCAUGCUGACACACAGCCUAGAGAGAUGCCAGGACUUCUUUUCCUCUGUGCCUUUCUCAGUGUCCAGUCGGCUGUGUGGAUUUAAAUGCUUCUACAUUUGAUGUGAAGCCGCACUCGGGUGACACUGACUCAGGUGGCUUUUACCCCACCCGUACCUCAUCAUCAGUGUGAGGCGAUUACUCUCUGCUUAGGAAAAGGAUCCCCCACCCACCCCUAGCCCCCGACCUUGUGUCAGUGAUCAACAACAUCUCUAUAUUUUUAUGGGUAGUAGGACUGUGGACAGAGUCUCCUAAAUUUACUCCCAUGUUCGUAAAAAAUUCAAAGGUUUCAGCCUGUACUUGUACUGGGUGGAUGAUCUCAAUGACUUUCUGGUCUCGUCUUGUGAGUUUAAAAUCCAGGAUUUUCCUUGUCAUUAUAAGAUAAUAUCUUUGCUGGGUUAUUCCACUAGGUCUGUGGUCCCUUGGGUGUCAUAUUAAUGGCCUUUAUUCUCAGUUGUGAACUUUUGUCUUACAUCUGCUCGCUCACCCCCUACAAAUCUACCCACUCAGGGUUGCGGUGCCUGUGUAUCUUCGCCUGUCUGGUCUCCAGUUGGUGGAAUUACCUUUUUUUUUUUUGUACUGCCACUUCUCAGCAUCUCUGAAAUUUGACAUAAUAUUGCUUGGUUCCAGUUUCUUUUUUUUUUUUUAGUUCUGUAAUUUGUUGAUUGUAUUUAACUAUGUGAGUUCUGUUGUGAUGUUUACUGUAUUGUAAAGCACCUCAAUCAUGUGAUGGGUGCUCUAUAAAUCAAUAAAUGAUGACUUAGAGGCUG